UCUUUAAAUAAAGUCACUGUUGAAGAAAAUUGGAUGGACAGUGCCAAAAGUUCUAUCAGAACGAAACUCUCAUUGUUGCGGUUCCUCAGUGCUGAGCUAACAAGAGGCUACUUCCUUGAACAUAAUGAGGCCAAAUACACAGAGCGGAGAGAGAGAGUGUACACCUGCUUGCGAAUACCCAGAGAACUGGAAAAGCUCAUGUUUUUUGGAAUCUUCCUGUGCCUCGACGCCUUUCUCUAUGUGUUCACCCUGCUUCCCUUGAGAGUUUUCCUGGCACUGUUCAGGCUCCUCACUCUUCCUUGCUAUGGCUUAUGGGACAGACGUUUGCUUCAGCCUGCGCAGGUGUGUGACAUUUUGAAGGGUGUCAUCUUGGUAAUCUGCUAUUUCAUGAUGCACUAUGUUGACUACUCCAUGAUGUAUCACCUAAUAAGAGGACAGUCUGUCAUCAAACUCUACAUCAUCUACAACAUGCUGGAGGUUGCCGAUCGUCUCUUUUCGUCGUUUGGACAAGAUAUAUUAGAUGCUCUCUACUGGACGGCCACAGAACCUAAGGAAAGGAAAAGAGCACACAUCGGCGUGAUCCCUCACUUCUUCAUGGCCGUUCUCUAUGUCUUUCUGCAUGCAAUUCUCAUAAUGGUUCAAGCGACAACUCUCAACGUAGCCUUUAACUCACACAAUAAGUCACUGCUCACUAUCAUGAUGUCCAAUAAUUUUGUUGAAAUUAAAGGAAGUGUUUUCAAGAAGUUUGAAAAGAACAAUCUCUUUCAAAUGUCAAAUAGCGAUAUUAAGGAACGAUUCACAAAUUAUGUGCUUUUAUUAAUUGUGUGCUUAAGAAACAUGGAACAGUUUUCUUGGAAUCCAGAUCAUCUGUGGGUGUUGUUUCCAGAUGUCUGUAUGGUGAUCGCAUCAGAAAUCGCUGUGGAUAUUGUAAAGCAUGCCUUUAUCACCAAGUUCAAUGACAUUACUGCAGAUGUCUACAGUGAAUAUAGAGCCAGCCUUGCUUUUGACCUGGUUAGCAGCCGACAGAAGAAUGCAUACACUGACUACAGUGACUCAGUAGCACGGAGGAUGGGGUUUAUUCCUCUCCCACUAGCUGUUUUACUCAUCAGAGUUGUAACAAGCUCAAUUAAAGUGCAAGGAAUCCUGUCUUAUGCCUGUGUCAUACUCUUCUAUUUUGGGUUGAUAUCUCUGAAAAUACUUAAUAGCAUCGUGCUGUUGGGGAAAUCAUGUCAGUAUGUGAAGGAAGCCAAAAUGGAAGAGAAGCUGUUUAAUCCUCCCCCCGCCAGCACUCCUGGCAAACCCUCCGGUAAAUCCCAGAGCAAGUGCAAAUCCUCUCAAGGUCUUUCCACAGAGGAAAACCUGUCUGCUUCUGUCACCAGCCAGCCUGUUCAUCAGAAGGAAAAUGUCAUACCCUUACUUGUGACCAGCAGUUCUGACCAGUUUCUGACAACCCCAGAUGGUGACGAGAAGGACAUAACGCAGGAAAACUCUGAAUUAAAACACAGAUCCUCAAAGAAAGAUUUGUUAGAGAUAGACAGGUUCACAAUUUGUGGGAACCGAAUUGACUGACUUCUGUGGCUGAUGAGGUGAAGAUACAGCCCUGGGGUAGCCACCAGGACAGACAGAUGCUAAAAAUGGCACUUAAAUAUUUAUUUAAAAACUUAAAUUAUUAAUGGCAAGCAAAUCUUAGUCUUUCUUCCAUAAAUGUGGUCUGGCAGAAGGUCUGAUCACAAAACAGCAGCGGCCUCUAGCCUUGACUCUGGGAAACUUGAUGGAUGAUGAACACUUCCUCCUGCUUAGCCAACAGCAGCACCACUUCUGGCACCAGCCAGAACACUGCAAGAGCUGCUCUGCUUUGUCAGCCUGGGCUUCCAGAGUGCUGGCUUUUCCUCGAGGCCUCUUCAGUACAAGGAUGAACCUAGGAAACUGUGAAGCCUCCCCACGGCUACCUUUGCAGUCUCAUGCUGUUUCACAAACUUUUCUCAAACUUUACGUCAUCUGCCAAAGCAUUGAAAAAUAAUUAAAUAUAAGUCAAGGUAAAUGUUCCUACCAGCAGAGUCAUCCUUAAAGAUCUAUCUGAAUUAAUCAGAAUAAAAGGCGCUCUUAAAUAAGACGUGAUGAAUGCAACGUUUUAUAGGAGACAAACCCUAAGCCAGUUCAUUUAUUAAUUGAAAACCAAUUAAUGAAGGUUACACAUCACUGAAAAAUGUUUCAUGAUUUUUCAGUUACUCUUAAAAGCAAACCGUGAGUUGUAUGUAUGUUAUUUAACUACAGUGACAUGGUUUUAAAAAAAAAGGCACCUUUUUACUGGAAAAGCAAAGCAAUGUUAACUUUAAGACAUAAACUGGUUUUCCUUUAAAGCUAAUUGCUUUCAUCAGUUACAGCUUAAAGGAUUUGGUGUUGAAUAGGCCAUAAAGUUGUUGGUGUACGAAAUUCAAAGCUGUCUGAUUUUAACAGGAUUUUUUUUUUUAAGCAACAGUUUUAAAUAUUCCCAGCAGCACCUUGCUGGGCUUGUAGAAUGCAUUUGUCCUUCCAUGGUGGGUCUGUGUUUUGUGUCAAGAAGUGACGGUGCCCGUGCUGGGUUUCAAAUGACCGUAAAUGGGGUGUUGGGGACUGCAGUGUAGAUGCUGGGAAUAGCAGCCAGAAGGUGCCCUGGGGUUUUUGCUUGGGAUCAGGAUUCCGUUUCUGCUCUGCUGGUGGCCUGCUUCCUAGGACAAGUUAUUUCCACCCCAUUUUUAUCUUGAGAAUCCUCUGCAUUUCUAUUUUAAAGAAUUGACCAUGUCUGAUUUCAAACCAUCCAGAAGAUGGUCCUCUAGACCUCAUUCCCUGUGAUGUCAGUUCUAGAAGGCA